UAAAAGACAUGCCAGGAAGUACUCAUCAUUGAAUUACAUGAAGUCAUGUUUGUUUUCUAAUGUGCCUAUAAUACAGAACCUAAAACAAUAUAACUUACGGAAAUACUUAGUAAGUGAUAUUCUCUCUGGAAUUACUGUCGGUAUCAUGCAGAUACCCCAAGGUAUGGCAUUUGGUUUAUUGACAACACUCCCACCAAUAUGUGGAAUGUAUACUGCCUUCUUUGGUCCUUUGACAUACUUUUUCCUCGGAUCAUCAAGGCAUCUCUCUGUAGGGGCAGUAGCCGUAGUCAGUCUGAUGAUGGCCUCAGUGAUUGAUGUAGCAAUGCAAGAAAACAAUUUGUAUACCGUCACAGAAAGCUCAACAAAUACUUCAAUAGAUGAUAUUAUUAAUAAACGAAAAAUAGAGAUAGCUACGUCAGUAUCAUUCGUGUCUGGGCUUUUCAUGAUUAUAUUGGGUAAAUUAAAGUUUGGUUUGAUAUCGACUUACAUGUCAGAGCAGUUAGUAAGUGGAUUUACGGCAGCAGUGGCAAUCCACAUUACAACUAGUCAGGCGAAACACAUCUUUGGCAUCUCAGUGCCUCAGCAUAAUGGCAUAUUCAAGGUUAUUAAGACCUGGAUAGAUGUUUGUUACAACAUACCCUCCACUAACUUCGCCACACUCAUUACCACUGUGAUAUGUUUCAUCAUACUUUAUCUCGUUAAAGUUCAAAUUAAUAUGAGAUUUAAAUCUAGACUAAAGAUGCCCAUUCCUAUAGAACUUAUCAUUAUUUCCAUAGCAACUGGAAUUGCUCACUUCGCAGAGUUCAAUCAGAGGUUCAACAUCAACAUUUUAAAAGACAUUCCAGCAGGGUUGCCAUCACCAGUAUUACCGAACCCCGUGAUAGCUACAGAUUAUAUAGCUGACGCCUUCAUUAUAGGAAUAGUGGCCUUUACCCAUUCGGUAUCUGGCGCUAGACUUCUGGCCAGGAAACAUAAUUAUAAAAUUGAUCCGAAUCAGGAGUUAGUUGCAAGUGGAGCUGGGAGCGUUGUAUGUUCGAUUUUCUCUGGAUACAUCAAUGCAGGGUCAUUAUCAAGAACUAUGGUACUGGAUGGUACGAACGGUAAAUCCCAGAUUGCCUGUUUAGUGGGAUGUGUUAUUGUCAUAAUCAUGAUAUUAGCAAUUGGACCAUUGUUUUACUCAUUACCAAAGUGUGUUUUGUCAGCAGUCAUUAUCAUAAACCUCCGUACGAUGUUUAUUCAGAUAUUAGAGGUACCAUCACUGUGGCGUACAUCAAAGUAUGAUUUCGUUAUAUGGAUGGUGACCUUUCUGACCUCCUCCAUUCUUGAUGUUGAUAUUGGUAUAGCGUCCAGUCUGAUAUUUUCUUUGUUAACAGUAUCAUUACGUACUCAGAGUCCUUCGUCAUAUACACUAGGAUUUGUUGGGAAGACAAAUCAGUUGAAAUCGGUAGACAGAUAUGACCCCGUUAUUACACCAGAAAAUGUCAGAAUAGUUCAGUUCCAAGCUCCUAUUUACUUUGCUAAUGCCGACAUAUUUGUGAAGAGUGUUGUUAAGUUGACUGGUAUAGACCCAGUAAAGGCCAGGAAGAAACAGAAACACUUUAAUCAAAUAGAGACAAAUAUAAGCCCGAUAGAUGUGACAGACAAUUGUGAUCUCACAAUGCAAAUAGAGUCGAAGAUGUCGGAAAAAUUUGUAGAUGAUGUAGAAAUCGUUAUACUGGAUUUUUCUGGAGUAAAUUUUAUCGAUAUUGUUGGAAUAAAGGCAUUAAAAAGGGUAUAUACCGACUAUAAAAGCAUUGGAAUUGAAGUAUGUAUAGCUAGCUGUAAUGAUAGUGUCAUAUCGAUGAUGACAUCUACAGACUUUAUGACGGGUUAUGAAGAAACAGUAUAUUUAACAGUGAAUUGUAUACUUGCGAAUAAAAAACUUAGACCAGGAUUACAAGUCUGA